CUCACGCGCACACGCACAAGAGGUGGGAGUGGAUGCUCGUGUAGCUGCUGGAAGCCAGGAUGGGAUAAUCAUGCGUGUCUGGCUCCGGGCGUUGAUGCAGCUGCCGUUGCGGGAUCCGGACUGGACUCGGGGCGCAGGGUGGGUCUAGUUCCCGACCGGAGCUAUCUGGACCUCAUGUCGAUGUUAUCAAGCAUUCCGAGAAAGACGAGGGCGAUGGCCGUGAGAGGAGCUGUCGGUGCGGCUCUCUGAGACGUCCCGGCCGACUGAAAUCGAACGGCUCUUUUUUUUUUCUUCUUGUCGCCGAUGGAGGAGAGAAUUCGCCGGUGUUGAAGCGCAGCCGCGGUUUGGAAUAACUUGGAAAAGAGGAGGAGGAGGAGGAGGAGAGGAUACCCGUGAGAGGAUAUCAAGGGAGCCCUUCACUUGGCUUUUCUUUAUGAUUUUUUAUUUUCAAACUGGGAUAGAGACAGCAACCUCACCCGGGAGAACGGAUCACUUUUGCAUCGGUAAUUAGGAGAGGACUGCCUCCUUGGAGCGAGCGGCAGCCGCAUCCGACCGACCGACCGGGGAGGGGAGGGGGGGGGAUACUUGGAUGGAGAGAGGGCGCAGUGAGGGCUGAGAGAGCGGGCUUUGCCGUGUGUUGCGUGUGUGUGAGUGAGUGUGUGAGUGAGUGAGUGUGUGUGUGUGUGUGUGUGUGUGUGUGUGUGUGUGUGUGUGUGUGUGUGUGUGUGUAGGAGGGGACGGAGGGAGACCGGGCAGUUUGAAGGGACGGGGAGCCAGGAGCGGCGCGGCGGCUCCAUGAGCGGCUCCUGCCGGGACAGAGCGCCCAGAGCCCAGCCGGAGCGUCUCCACCGCCGCGGGUAGAAGCCCGGGCUACAGGACGGCGGCCAGUUUGGAAGUUUUGAUGCAUAUGAUCACAACCACCAUGAUUUUUAUGAUUCUUGGUGCUUCAGUUGUAAUGGCGAUAGCCUGUUUAAUGGACAUGAACGCACUACUGGAUCGCUUUCACAACUACAUCUUACCGCAUCUACGAGGGGAGGACCGCGUCUGUCACUGCAACUGUGGAAGGCAUCAUGUCCACUAUGUAAUCCCAUACGAUGGGGACCAUUCCUUGGUGGACUCAUCAGAGAACUACUUUGUGAGUGACAGUGUGACCAAGCAGGAGAUGGACUUGAUGCUGGGGUUGCUGCUUGGCUUCUGCAUCAGCUGGCUGCUGCUGUGGCUGGACGGAGUGCUACACUGUGCCGUCAGGGCCUGGAGGGCGAGCCGGUACUACGACACCCCGUCCUGGUCAUGGCUGCCGCAGUUCUGCAAUCUUCGAGACCUCCGUCGCCGAGCCCAGCUCAGACAGCUGGAAGACUCCAGCGGCAACAUGGUCCACAUCAAGCAGAAGCUCUACCACAACGGCCACCCCAGUCCCCGUCACCUCUGACUCUAAAAAAACAAAAAAAACAAAAAAUCAACAACAACAAAAAAAAUACCCCAGACCCCCACCCCGCCCCCCCCCUUAAACCCCUUCUCUCCUCCCCAAAACCUCUUGAUCCCCCUUCCCAAAACUGCCCCUUGGCCAACUGUUGCCUCAGAGACCCUGGAAAACUGCCCUCCCACUGUUCAUAACAUGGCCCCCUUAAAACCCCACGACAGGACUUUCUUAUGACUAAACCCGGCCCCUGUCAGCACUAAAAAAAAAAAAAAAAUCCCAAAAUGGAGCAAGAUGAUGAUUAUUUGUUGCCACUGAAAUCUUGUCUUAUGUCCAUGUCCACCAUUGUGGGAGGAGGAAGAAAAAAAAAGAAAAAAAAAAACAUUUUUAAGGGUGUUUUUUCUGUAUAGAGACAUUUUCUGUGUUCAUUGUUAAACUUGGCAUGCUCUUUUAGAACAGGGUAAGAUGUGGGCAGCGUAUGGAGCGGGGCGGCAAAGACGGGUGUCAGGUUAAUUUUUUUCCGUAUCGGGUGGGAGUGGGACUUUGUUGGCGCGGGACAGGGGCGAAUGAGUCUGGUGGGUGGGUGGGUUUUUUGUGAUGGUUAGAUUGCUGCUUCUGUAAAUAGUUAUAAAUACGGGCAAGUGGGAUUUAACAGUCUUUAAAAAGGGGGUGCGUGGGGGGAUUUUUGUGUGAGUCGUUUAUCAAUAGGAAACCCAAUGACGGACUGUGUGCGUAAAGAGUAAUAGAAAUGGAACAGGAGGACGAGUCUGUUUGAAAAACUGGAUGUGAAACCAUGUGAUUUCUGCUAAAAACACAGAUUAAUUAGCUUUGUUACUUAGUGAAUUAACUGAAUGUAUUAAUUUUUCCUGUAAAUACGUGAGGGGGAGGGGAGCGUGUACGGUUGUGGUCGGGGUUCUCUUUGCUAUGUUAUCAUUCUUUAGUGGACACGAGAGGAGAAACAAAUGCCAGCCAAGAUGAGUCAGUUCAAUACGCACACACCCCUCCAUCUUCCCCGCACUGUGCUCGACAGCACAGUUCAAUUUUCUUUAUCCAAUUCCCUCUCACUUAUCAGGAGCAACCAGCCUAUCAGCAGAGGGAACCCUCACCCAGCCCCCCCGCCUCGUCCUCUCUGUCCAGACAUUGCUGUUGUGAGGAUGAAAUGUCUGUUUUAUUAAAAGUGCCAUUGAAGCACAA